AGUUUCUAACUAUGAUAUCUUCUGGUAUACUCAUAACCUCUUCUUUGUCUUCUAUAUGCUGCUGAUGUUGCAUGUUUCAGGAGGACUGCUGAAGUAUCAAACUAAUUUAGAUACCCAUCCCCCUGGCUGCGUCAAUCUUAAUCGAACCCGCUCUCAGAAUAUUUCCUUACCAGAGUAUCUCUCAGAACAUUUUCAUGAACCUUUUUCUGGAAGAUAUUCAAAACCAGAAGAGCUCAUUCAGAGUACAUCUGUGAAGAUCUGUAUGGAAGAGCCCAGGUUUCAAGCUAAUUUUCCACAGACUUGGCUUUGGAUUUCUGGACCUUUGUGCCUGUACUGUGCUGAAAGACUUUACAGGUGCAUCCGGAGUAACAAGCCAGUCACCAUCAUCUCAGUCAUAAGUCAUCCCUCAGAUGUCAUGGAAGUCCGAAUGGUCAAAGAAAAUUUUAAAGCAAGACCUGGCCAGUAUAUUAUUCUACAUUGUCCCAGUGUGUCUGCAUUAGAAAACCAUCCAUUUACCCUCACAAUGUGCCCUACUGAAACCAAAGCAACAUUUGGGGUUCAUCUGAAAAUAGUAGGAGACUGGACAGAACGAUUUCGAGACUUGCUACUACCUCCAUCUAGUCAAGACUCUGAGAUACUCCCCUUCAUUCAAUCAAGACAUUAUCCUAAGCUAUACAUCGACGGUCCAUUUGGAAGUCCAUUUGAGGAAUCACUGAACUAUGAGGUUAGCCUCUGCGUGGCUGGAGGCAUUGGAGUAACUCCGUUUGCGUCAAUACUCAACACCCUGCUGGAUGACUGGAAACCAUACAAGCUUAGAAGACUGUACUUUAUUUGGGUGUGCAGAGAUAUUCAAUCCUUUCGUUGGUUUGCAGAUUUGCUCUGUGUGUUGUAUAACAAGUUUUGGCAAGAGAACAGACCUGACUAUGUCAACAUCCAGCUGUACCUCAGUCAAACAGAUGGGAUACAGAAGAUAAUUGGAGAAAAAUAUCAUGCACUGAAUUCAAGACUUUUUAUUGGACGUCCUCGCUGGAAACUUCUGUUUGAUGAAGUAGCAAAAUGUAACAGAGGGAAAACAGUUGGUGUUUUCUGUUGCGGACCUAGUUCAAUUUCCAAGACUCUUCAUAAACUGAGUAACCAAAACAAUUCAUAUGGGACAAGAUUUGAAUACAAUAAGGAAUCUUUCAGCUGAAUACCUUUGCCAUGAACCAGGACUCCAAGGAAGGAAUUAGUGCAAUUUCUAAGACUUUGAAACUCAGCUGAAUCAAAUAGCUGUUUUACGCCAAAGAUUAGCAAGAUUUUCUUAUUUAUGAUUAUUUAAAAAGGAAAUGCGAGAAUGUGGCAAGAUGACAGGUCACAUUACAUAUUUAAUCUGGAAACCAAAGAGGCCCUGAAGAAUGCUUAAUGUGAUGAUUCACUUUUCAAUUCUCAAAUGAAAACUAUUAGAUACACAAUGUUGAUUUUUAUGGCAGAUUCAAGAACUCCCUAGUGAGGCACUGAACCCGCUCACUCUGAAACUGAUAGCCAUGGUCCUCUUUAAAUUGUUUUUGUUAAAACAAAUACAAGAUUGAACAAAAUUAAAAAUUAAUUGAAACU